GUUACACAAGCGAACCACCCAGGAUUUUGUAACAUAAGCAUUUGAGAUUGACUCUGAAUUACCAAAGGCGUCAGAUCUUCUGAGUUGCACACCAGCUUUUCAGACAUUCUGGAUAAUCCAUCGAGUCAGGCUGGACCGUUUUUGUCUUUACAUCUCAUUACGCAAAAGCAUCAAAUACGGUUACUUUUCUGAAAUAAGGAGAUUCUGUCAAAGUAUUUCACUGGAUGAAAUUAUAUCCAAAAACUAAACAGACGGACAGAUUCAGAUUAUCUUCUCUGGCGAAACGUAUCUCAUUUUCUUUUCUGAUCUUAAGCGCGCGUCUUUUUGAAGCUCGGAUUCAGCCGCGUAUUUGGCUACAUUGACUUGGAACUAAGAAGACAUGGAGUUGACUUCGGUCAUCUUGACGACGGGUGGCUCGGCCUGCUUCUUUAAAUUAGUAAACUGUGGAAUUAGCAAACUCUCUAUGCCAGAGAGUGCAUGUAGAAACGCGUGGAAAUGGAGAAACAUCUCCACCUCUUUCUUUCACAGCCUCAUAACAGGGAUAUGGGCUGUACUUUGCUUUUACUUGCACCCGCGGAUGGCAGAAGACUUGAUUGCAACCUAUUCCGUUUUCUCCCAUGCUCUGGUAUCUGUAUCAAUUGGUUAUUUCAUCUAUGACUUCUUUGACAUGGUCCUAAACCAAAAACUCAGCCAGUCAUGGGAGCUCCUUUUCCAUCACUGUGUGGUGAUCACCUGUUUUGGGAUCUCUGUGUUCAGCUGCCGCUACGUGGGCUUUGCGGUGGUGGCCCUGCUGGUGGAGAUCAACUCUGUCUUCCUGCACCUGCGCCAGGUGCUUCGCAUGGCCAACCUGGCCAAGACCACCGCCUACCGUGUCAACAGCAUGCUCAAUCUGGCCACCUAUAUGGUCUUCCGCAUCGCCACGCUGGCGUGGAUGACCCGCUGGCUGGUGCUCAACCGCGACAACGUGCCCCUGGUCAGCUACACCGUGGGCAGCGUGGGCCUGGCAAUCAUGACCGCCAUGAACAUCGUGCUCUUCUACCGUCUCACACACAGUGACUUCCUCAAGGGCAGCCGCGAGGGAAAGAAGGAGAAGGAGACAUAGGAGGAUGUGGGUGGUGGUGGUAGUAGUAGUGGUGGUGAUAUGGCGCCAUCUAGUGGCCGUGUCUACCAGGUGCCUGCUUCUACCCAUCCAGCGCUGUACAAAUCAUCCCUCCCUCCCUCCCAGGCGUCCCCUACCUACCUCCCAUUCCAUCCCUCCAAGAACCCUCAGCAGUUACAUGACAGAUGACAAGUCAUCUAGCAGGCUUGGAGCCUCUCCUAAAUCAUGUUUGAUGCUUCUGCCUGCCCUGUCAUCUUGAAGGAAUUAAUGAACAGCUCGUUAAGGGGUCUAUACCAUGGUGUGGGAUGGACUCUAAUGAGCAUUUAAACCAAUCAUGUCUUAAAAGAAAUGAGGUAAAGUCAGCAGUAAAAAACAAGUCAAUUCUUAGUCCUGUUGCCUUGAAUACACCUGUAAUGAAUGGUUCACUGACAGCUCUUACUGAAAUGAACACUAUAUGAAAUGAAUAGAUAUUAUUUGGUUCAGUGCCUACAUAUUGCUUAUUCCCCCUGCCAUUUCCCUUCACUGAAAACUUUACAUGAAUUAUACUCAAAUACACAUUAUUUUACUUUAAUGAUUCAAUUCAAUUUAAAUUUAAAUACUACCAAUCCCCUUAAGUACUUACAUCUGCUACCUCAAACACAUGUAGCAACUGCUUUUCCAUUUUCCCACACUUUCCUUUUUGUGUAAAAUUCUUUCUUUCUUUCUGAAGACUGUAACCUGUGAGAAUUUCUACAAAAGUAUCUCUCUUUUGGUUUGGCAAUUUGACACAGCCAAUUUUGAAGUGACCACUGGAAACUAGCUGCCUGAUUAUUGAAGUGAUUUGUCUUUGUGCGCUUCCCUGUCUUUGGUCACGCUUGCUCGUCCGUGUGAGAACGGACAACAAUCUGACCAUUGAACCGACAGGCAGAGAAACGGAGAAAUGCCUCCUGUUUCAGAGGUCCUAUUGUGUCGAGAAGUUUUUCAAAUCUAAAUGCUGGAGCUGUACUGGUUACCCUAACUAUAGUGGCUAUUAUGGCUACCACUGGAAACCGGAGGAGGUUGUGAUUCUCCCUGCGAUAAUGACCACAAGCGAUGCCAGGUCGUAAAGCUGGACAGCAAGCUAAACAAAGAAAGAUGAAAGCAGACGUGAUGAUCUUCUGUUAAACAGAUACAGUCUGUAGGUGGCGCCCUCCGUACAUACUAAUACAAAGUGACCUCAUAACAGUCUCAGCCAAGAUAUCUGUGGCCAUGCAGUAGACCUAAUGCCUAAUGUGCUCUAAAAAUUUUGUAACAAUGCUUUUUU